UGGUACGUGUUGACGCAGGCCUUUCCUGCUGUGUAGCGUGAGCCGGUUAAUGUGGUAAUGCUCGAGAGUGUCUGUUUGUAACCGGCAGGGGAGGUGAAGACCUUGCGGUAUUAUCAGAAGACUAUUAACCCAAAGACCCCAGGUGGAUUUUCUGCUCCUGAUGGCGUUGAGCUUGAAAAUGAAAAUUGCACUUAAGCACAGUUUGGCAUAUCUCAAAUCCUUUGACCAGAAUUCAAUUUUGGACAGGGGGUUCAUGAUCUAGCUCCUGCCUCACCAUCAGUUGAGAUGUUUUGGUGACCAGGAAUAAAACCCCAAGGUUGCCUCAAUGGCCCUGCAGCUUCUACAACUCAGCUUGGAACUGAUUUGCUUCUACACAGACCACUGAUGUGGCCAGUUCAAAAUCAAGUAUUCACUGUUUAAAUAGUGACUUGCUUUCCUGGGGUCCUGGUGUAAAUGUAAUUUCAAGCCUUGCCUGAGUAUUUUUCCUGUGGUCUUCAAGUUUUCAUCGCUGUCUUCAUUUUUUUGAGAAAGAUCGCCACUGAUCAUCAUGUCAAUUCUUGUGUUUCUUAACACAGAAUUGCUACAAUUAUAUUGAAUUGGUCAAAGAUGACUGAUCCAGAUGUUGUGACUGAGGUCCCUGCAGCUUUGAAACGACUUGCCAAAUAUGUUGUGAGGGGAUUUUAUGGGCUGGAACAUGCAUUGGCCUUGGACAUUCUCAUUAGAAACCCUUGUGUCAAAGAGGAGGACAUGCUGGAGCUGCUGAAAUUCGACCGCAAACAAUUGCGAGCAGUCUUGAACACACUGAAAAAUGACAAAUUUAUUAAAAGUAGAAUGCGAGUUGAAACUGCUCCAGAUGGUAAAACUACAAGGCAUAAUUAUUACUUCAUAAACUACCGCCUUCUGGUCAAUGUGGUGAAGUAUAAACUUGACCACAUGAGGCGUAGGAUUGAAACUGAUGAACGCGAUUCCACCAACAGAGCCUCUUUUAAAUGUCCCACCUGUUUCAACACAUUCACAGAUCUGGAGGCAAAUCAACUAUUUGACCCAAUGACAGGAACAUUCCGAUGCACCUUCUGUCACACUGAGGUGGAAGAGGAUGAAUCUGCAUUACCAAAGAAGGAUGCCAGAACACUGUUGGCAAGAUUUAAUGAACAGAUUGAACCAAUCUAUGCUCUACUGCGAGAAACUGAAGAUGUUAAUUUGGCCUAUGAAAUCCUGGAGCCAGAACCAACAGAAAUUCCAUCGCUUCGGGCAAGCCAACGAGCACUUGGUGCUGGCAGUGGAGCUACACACCUUCAAAAAGAAUCGUGGGCAAACAAAGGACCUACGUAUGAGGAUCUCUACACUCAAAAUGUCAUCAUUAAUAUGGAAGAACAUGAUGCUCAGCAUAAAAUUGUAUCUGAUGGCAAGCCAGCUAAAGAGAGACCAAUCUGGAUGAGGGAGAGCACUGUCCGAGGAAGCUUUAAAGAUUUAGAAGAAGUGGAAGGUAAUAACGAUGUUGAGUCAUACCAUGACCGUGAGGGAAAAGGGAAUCCAUUGGAAGCAAACGAAGAAGUCAUGCAAACCUUGCUCAUCCAUGAAAAGAAGAGUACGUCUGCAACUGUGGCUGCAACUGCUGCAAUCCCAACUUCAAAUGCCAGUGAUUCAGAGAGUGAUACUAGUGAAUCAGAGGAUGAAUCACCUCGACCACAGGCACCUACAGUGUCAUUCCCAGCGGCAGCAGCAGAAGAGGAUGAAGAAUUUGAAGAAGUGGAGGAUGAGCCAAUUGUGAUGGUAGCAGGUCAGCCAUAUUCAUAUAGUCAGGUCAGCCAGUGCGUUGAGCUAGUGACACAGAUGACUGCUGAAGAGAAAGAGGUAUAUAUUGCCAUGGGGCAAAGAAUGUUCCAGGAGAUGUAUGACUGACCAUUGUCAUAAUACAAUAACAUUUUUAAAAUCAUCAUUGUAGAUUUUAAGGUUUUACUAGUCAGUGUUUCAAUAAGUUUAAUUGUAUCUGCCAAAUUGUUAUGAGAUAGCAUUGCUUUCCAAACAAAAUUACAGGCUGGAUUUUGGAAGUAUUUCAAAUCAUAAGUAUUAUUUUUAAGAGAUUAAAAGGCCGCAGUGCCUGAUAAUUUUUAAAGCUAUGGAUUUCACAGGAUUCUUGUUUUUAUUGCAUUGUUCCCUCCUUUCUAGGUGACACUUAAAUUAAUGAAACCCAUUUGAGCUAAAAUAAUUGAAUGAGGCAAUGAUAUGUCCUGUUCAACUAACAAAAAAUGUUUUGUUGGAUAGUGGACUGGCCCUUGCCAGGUGGAAACAUGCCCCCCUUGUGCUUCAUCAAGCUUUAUGAAUAAUUACCAAUAGAACUUGUCCAUCUGUGACAACGGGCAAAUUAUAAAUGUUGAGCAGCAAUGGGAUUCAAGCUUGGAACCUGUUGGUUAGAAAUCAGUAGCUUGAACUACCAAACACAGCAGUAAAUCAUAGAAUCAAAUGAAAUAUGUGUCCCAUGGUACAAGAUUUGUGUUUGGUUCUUUUUAAAGAAUACUUUGCUCUUAGUCUUGCUUAUUGCAAAUGUUAAAAACAUAGAGACUUGUAAAAACUGGGUGAACUAUAUCACUGCAGAGGAACUGUAAGUUAGUUGUAUUUCUGAUAUUUGCAGGUAAAGCAAAUAUAGAUUGAAUUUAUAAAAUAUUUCAUUAAAUCUAGUUGCUCCUGUGGUUCAGUAUCCUCUUGCCAUGCAGAACAGAAAUGUUCCAGAUUGAAUUGUCACCUGUUGCUGAGUUAGUUGAUCUCAGCUGGAACAGUAGGUAAGAUGCUUAAUUAGCUGCAGAGCCCCAGCUUAAUUAUCUGAAAACCAGCUAACGCUUUUGCUUCUGAUCCCUACUCAGUUGUCUCUACUCAAAGUGUGUACAUCUAGGUGACAGGUGAGGAUUACUACCAGUUGAAAUGUCCUCUGUGGUCAGACAGCUGCAAGUAUUCAGUGUCAAGGUGCGGAUACUUAGUGAACUUCUAGUGAAAUGUUACCACUAGAAGUUAUCACCUUCAAAAAAAGAAUUGAUCACAUGAUUUUGUUUGAAUCUUAGUGAAAUUAGUAGCUUUUAUUUGAAACGAAAAUAUUUUAAGUGUAAUAAGUAUAGAGUAGUGCAGUUUAAAAUCAGCUGGACAAGUGCCAAACCAUUAUGACUCUGUCAUAAGUAUCAGGGACAAAGUUUAAAUUCUUAGUCUGUGAGAAAGUAGUCUUAAAUGUGUUUUGCUUUCUCAAGCUCCAGCGGCAGAACUUCAUUUUAUGUUUGAAAAUAGUUCAGUUUUAUUCUCUUGGUAUCUAUGCAGCAGAUGAUUAGUGUAAAGUUAAUUUUUAAAAUAGUUUUAACAGAUUUAAAUACUGUAAACGCAAUGCUGGAAAUACUCUGAUCAGGCAGCAUCUUUGGAGAAAAGAAAUAAAUCUCGCACAUUAACUUUGUUUUUCUCUUUGCUGUCUAACCUACUGAGCGUUAUCAGCAUUUUAUGCAUUUAAUUUCAGAUUUCCAACACCUGCAGUAUUUUGCUAUUGUUUUAGCUAUUCUAAUUUUUCUGUUACAGAGAGUGAAAUGUAGCCUUAACCUUCAUUUGUGUGUUCCCUCUUGUUUUCAUUUAAAUCGGAGUCAAUGUAACACAAGUCCUUUCAAAACUCAUUAUAGCCCAUAGCUACACGUACCAUGUUCCUGGGAAAUCUUUUUGAAUAUCAGACAGAUAUUGUAAUUGCAGAUCUGCAUUUUGGUCCUGCAGCCAGGUUAGUGUGACAGCCUAUUAAAAAUGAAAGGAAAUCUCAUCAACUCUUAACCUUCCAUCUCUAGAAAUCUACACUGGUUUGAGUGAAACAAAUGAGGAUAAUGGAAAUAUACACAAUGGAAAACUAGAGGAUGUAUUUGCCAAGUCAUAACUGUUUCAUUAACAUUUAAAAAAGCUUUUCUAACGGGGAGGAGAUGACGUAUCAUAAAGAGUAUUGUCUUAUCAUGCAGUGUAUUUUUAUUACUGUUUGUCAGCCCAGUGAAUACGUAAGAUAGAUUCCAAUGCUGUAAUCUAAUUUAGAAGGUUCAGGUUAAAACUAAACUUUUUUAAAUCCUGGAGUAGUGAUGUAACCUGAAUCUUCAAAUUAGCACCCUACUAUCUGUUUUUGUAUCAUUUAUUCUACACAAUUUAAUUUCUGUGUAAUAUUAGGUCAUUUUCUGAAGCUGGUAAUGCACUUUGUCUUAUGACGUAUGACAGUCAUAAAAAGGCAUUGAUGCCAUUUCUGCCAAUUUUGAAGAAACUCUCGCUUGAUGGCAAGGGAACAUUCUUUUCUGAUCUUAUGAAAUGUUACACCUGUGCAGUGAACUGUAUGUUCUUUUCAUGCAUGAACUAGCCACUGUUAAGUGCUGUUAGCAAUGCAAUAUUUAUUGUACGGGUGUCUACAGUCUGAUUUGCGGACAACAGUUAUUGUUUCCAUUUGUCAUAAAUUUUAGAUAUGAAGGGUGGUAAUUAUCCUGUUAAUUCAACAGCUUAAGUCAAAUUCACUUAUGAUUAAAUUUGUUUUGAAUUAAAUAACCCUUUUGUGUCGUAUAUUUGUAUUUAAUUGGAUAUGACUGAAUUACUCAUUCUUUCUCACAGAAAUUACUUUUUGGAGUUAGUUUUCCACUAUUGACAUCUAUGGACUAAUCGCCUCCAUUGCGAAUUUUCUAUGUUUCUGUCACUGGUGUGCAAAAGUACUUGAAAUAGUCCUUUAGUGCUAUUCUAAUUAUGACCUUAAUGCGUAAAGGGAAUAUAAACUGUAAUAAGAAUUGCUGAUCAUAGCAGUUAUUCAAUUAAUUGAUCAAUGCCUCAGGUCUACAUUCUUGAGGGAAAGGAAUUUAGACCAGGCAAGAAUCAAGAAUCCAGGCAGGUCUGAUGGGCACUGGAAAAUUUGUGCUGGAGUAGGUAAAUAACCUACUAGCAGCAUCCAGUGGCAAAUAUCAAGUACUGCAAUGACAAAGUCAAUUGCUGCUUUUUACUGCAGUCGUGGAUUUUACACAAAUUAAAUACACGUCACAAAAUCAAUUGAAUUUUUUUUAUGCGGCCAAAUUGAAUGCCUUAGUCUCAUUCCAAUAAAAAUUAUCCCUAAUACUCUGCAUACAGUGUACAAAUAUCACUUAUUACAAUUUUAGAUUGUACCAUACUAUCAAAUGAAUAAAUGCAAGCUGGUUUUAAAAUCAUAAAGGCAUAUUUUUGACUUCCUUCCUGAUAUAAAAAAUGAAAAGCACUUGGCCUCCAUCACUGGACGUGCAUCCUGACAGAAAGAAUGUUGGAAAUACUCAACAGGUCUAGCUGCAUCAAUGGAGAUGGAACUAGAAUUAGGGUUUCAGAUUCUCUCAAACGUGACUUCUCUAUUUUUCUCAACCAGCAUUAGAGCACAAAUCAAUCAGUUGUGCUUAGUCCUGUGCAUAAAGAUGAUUUACCAUUAUAGAUGUACAUGGAUCCACGAGUAUUGAAAAUUUAUUUAGAAAUUCAGGUGUGUGGUUUUUUUUCUUGAUGUGUAAGCCAGAAGAUUUGUUCUGUUAUCUAGCUUCCUCUAUAUACAAAAUCAUUGUUUCAAGUAUACUAGAUUAUGGAGGAAAGGAUACAUACUAAAACACUGUGCAUUCUCAUGCUUAUAAGUAAAGGACUCAUUUGAAAAAGACUGCCUAACUUCGCCUUGUGUCCAAUAUCAUUAAUAAAUUCAUACUCAGUUUAACAUUGUCUCUCAAAAGUGGUGAAUUAUCCACAGUUAGAAAUAAAAUUGUUCUAUUUAAGAAAAUAUCCUUUUGGAACCAAAACCAUA